CUGACGUCACCCAUUGGCCCGCCCCUCAUUGUCAGUCCAGGGGAGCCCGAGGAGGCGCCGGCGGCCGGGAGCGGAGCGCCCGAGCCCUGGGCGGGCGGGAGCGUGGGCCGGAGCCGCCGAGGUCAAGAGGCAACUGCCAUUGAAAGAUAGUGAGUGACUGUUUCCAGGACAACAACCAUUGAGGGGAGCAGCCAGAAGCAUUGACUGAAAGCUUAAAUUACCUAAAUGAGUGAUAAUGGUCUCCAGCUGCCAAAGAAGGUUGUGGAUGCCAAAAGAAAGGUAACCAUUUCUCAUCCCCUCGAGUGGAAUUGGAUGCCCCUUGGAGUUCACACUGGCUGGCGGUAGACAUGGCUGAGUUUACAAACUACAAGGAUACUGCCUCCAGCCGCCACCUGCGGUUUAAGUUACAGAGUCUAAGCCGCCGCCUUGAUGAGUUGGAAGAAGCUACAAAAAACCUCCAAAAAGCAGAGGAUGAACUCCUGGAUCUGCAGGACAAGGUGAUUCAGGCAGAAGGCAGCAACUCCAGCAUGCUGGCUGAGAUUGAAGUGCUGCGGCAACGAGUGCUGAGAAUCGAAGGCAAAGAUGAGGAAAUUAAGAAAGCAGAGGACCUGUGUCAGCUGAUGAAGGAGAAACUUGAAGAGGAGGAAAACCUCACCCGGGAGCUGAAAUCUGAGAUUGAGCUGCUUCAGAAACGAAUGGCCGAACUGGAGAAGCUAGAGGAGGCCUUUAGCAGGAGUAAGAAUGACUGUACCCAACUCUGUUUGAGUCUGAAUGAGGAGAGAAACCUGACGAAGAAAAUCUCCUCUGAGCUGGAAAUGCUCAGGGUCAAAGUGAAAGAACUGGAAUCUUCCGAGGACCGCCUAGAUAAAACUGAGCAGAGUUUAGUGUCAGAGUUAGAAAAGCUGAAAUCAUUAACUCUGAGCUUUGUAAGUGAGAGAAAAUACCUGAAUGAAAAGGAGAAAGAAAAUGAGAAACUUAUAAAAGAGCUCACUCAAAAACUGGAGCAGAACAAAAAAAUGAACCGAGAUUAUACAAGGAAUGCUUCCAAUCUUCUGGAAAGGAAUGACCUGCGGAUUGAGGACGGUAUCUCUUCCACACUGCCAUCCAAAGAAUCAAGAAGGAAGGGCACUCUGGACUAUCUAAAGCAGGUAGAGAAUGAAACAAGAAAUAAAUCUGAAAAUGAAAAGAACAGAAAUCAGGAAGACAAUAAAGUCAAAGACCUUAACCAAGAGAUUGAGAAACUUAAGACACAAAUCAGACAUUUUGAAUCUUUGGAAGAAGAGCUUAAGAAAAUGAGGGCCAAAAAUAAUGACCUUCAGGAUAAUUACCUAAGUGAACAAAAUAAAAACAAACUCUUAGCCAGCCAGUUGGAGGAGAUAAAGCUACAAAUCAAGAAACAGAAAGAAUUAGAGAAUGGGGAGGUGGAAGGGGAGGAUGCUUUCCUGUCUGGCAAAGGCCGGCACGAGAGGACUAAGUUUAGAGGCCACGGGAGUGAGGUAUCCGCGUCCAAGCACACAUCUCGGGAACUGUCCCCUCAGCAUAAGCGGGAAAGGCACCGAAACAGGGAGUUUGCUCUCAACAAUGAGAACUAUUCUCUGAGCAACCGGCAGGUUUCCUCUCCCGGUUUGACGAACAGGAGGGCAGCCAAAGCUUCCAACAUAGGGGCAGGUACAGAUAGUGGGACUCAGGAGACAAAGAGAACUGAAGAUCGAUUUGCAUCUGGCUCCUCUCAGAGUGAAGGGAAGAAGUCCAGGGAGCAGCCAUCAGUGCUUAGCCGCUACCCUCCCGCUGCUCAGGAGCACAAUAAAGUCUGGAGGGGUACUCCCAAGCCAGGCACUGAGAGUGGGUUGAAGGGAAAAGUAGAGAAGACAACACGAACAUUUAGUGAUACCACCCAUGGAUCUACUCCCAAUGACAUACUGUGUAGAGCUGACAAGGCUUCUGACACCUCCACUGAGGCCCUCUUUGGCAAGAGGGGGCAGGCGCCUAGCAAUGGAAGUCUAACUCAGGCCGCAGACUCUGGCAGUUCUAAGGCCAUUGGCACUCUGGUCUCAUCCCGAAGAUCUUCCUCAGAAGGGCUCUCUAAGGGCAAAAAGGCUGCCAAUGGCCCAGAGGCUGAUACCAGUUCUUCAAAUUCUAAGGCUCCACUUUCAUCGAAGUAUCCUUAUAGCUCCAGAAGCCAAGAGAACAUCCUUCAGGGUUUUUCAACCCCAAAUAAAGGAGUUGAUCAACCUGUAGCAGUUGUGAUGGAAGACAGCAGUCAGCAUGAGGCCCUAAGGUGUCGAGUCAUCAAAUCUAGUAGCAGAGAGAAGCCAGACUCAGAUGACGACAUGGACAUGUCGUCUCUUGUUACUGCCAAAUUGGUCAACACAACCAUCACCCCAGAGCCAGAGCACAAACAGCAGCCCAACCCUAGAGAAACAGCCAGAUCCCGAGGGGGCCUUAGAACCGCCCUGUCGGGGGAUGAUAAAGAUGUCGGGACAGAAAAUGAAUCUGUGAAACCUGUCAGAGCCUCCCCCAAUGCUGUGGAAUUCCCAGAGGCCAAUGGUGCUGGGGUGAAAAGUCAAAGGCCCUUCAGUCCCAGAGAGGCCUUGCGGUCCAGAGCUGUCAUCAAACCUGUCAUCAUUGAUAAAGACGUGAAAAAAAUCAUGGGAGGGUCUGGAACUGAGGCCACAUUGGAGAAACAGACAUCCACCUCCAAACCAGGACCAAACAAAGUGACAAGCAGCAUUACUAUCUAUCCCUCUGACAGCAGUAGCAGCAGCAGCCCAAGAGCCGCCCCAGGUGAGGCCCCGCGGGAGAGGCACACAUCCACCAGCAAUAUCCAGGUUGGGCCACCAGACCUCACAUCAGUGAGCAACCAUGUCAACUCUCCCUUUGAGCUCUCCAUUCACAAACAUGACAUCACCUUGCAGUUCACAGAGGCUGAAAGAAUGGGAGAUGGGUCCCUGAAGAACAGGCCUGAAACAGUGGUCUCUCGGAGCAGCAUUAUAAUCAAGCCAUCGGAUCUGGUGGAGAGGAAUAACCAUGCACCCCCUGCAGAGACAAUCAGGUGGAAAGGCCAUAGUGCCCCUUCGGAGGUGAGCCCUUCAGAGGCCAGGCAUGUUACUGUGCGGAAUGCCUGGAAGAGCAGGCGAGAUUUGAACUCUUCAGAAGACCCCCCAACUCAGAUAGGUAAACAUGUGGUAUCUACCAAUGCCUACACCCAGAGGUCUUCUACAGACUAUUCUGACCUUGAACAGCCCAGGUCUUACCUUUUGGAGCAGGGUCCUCGAAGGGUAGGAAACCCAGGGGAUGCCCCUGAGCUCUCUUCUAGAAGGACCCAAAGUAGCCUCACUGUGUCAGAGAUGCUCACUCGCCGGAAUCGGGGAGGCGAUGCUGUCACGCCUGCGGCUUGGAACCAUGUGGCAGGCAUGGAAGAAGGCGAUGACUGCACACUCAGUGUCUGCAGGCGACCACACAGCUCCAUGGAACGGCCUGAACUGCCCGUGAGGCAGGGGCUGUCAGAGCCUGGGCAAGUACAGGCUGAGGAACGAUCACGACCAACCAGGCCCUGUGCUGAGGAAAACUGAGCCAGCCGGGUGAGGUCUGCUGUGUCCUCUGCUCCUGCUCAGCUCCUCCACCUUCUCAUCCUAUGAAGGAUCCCGGGCCAGUUCACUGGGCUAGACACGAGGCCUUGGCUGGGAGAUUGUAGCAGAGAGCCAGGCUGUGGCUCAGGUCAUUUUUGCCAGGUGGCCAAUGGAGAUCAGAAACUACAAGCUGGACAGUCACCCAGGCCCAGCCUUCCCCGAUUGAUGCAUGAGUCCUCUCUCCUUGUCCCUGCCCUGUUCCCGGUAGAAUCGGCCACUCUGGCCCCCAAAUAGGGAAUGAUAUAGAACCGUCUUAUAUCCGCACCACACAAUAGCCCCUUCCACGCAGUUAAUGUUCUGAUUUCUUGGUCUCCUCACCACAUCCAGUUCACACCCUGUCUGCCCUCGGGACCCAAGUACUGACACUAAGACUUACCAGCCGUCAGCUCCAUUUAGGAAGCGUCCAUUCCUUUCCCCUUCGGAAUUCCUCAGACUUUACCGGAGAGGUCUGUGCUGCCUCUAGGGGAUUAUGGGACUAUGACCUGGCCCCCUUGCUGACCACUGUUUUCUGGAGGCAGAGACACAGAUACCUGCCCACCUAUUGGAAUGACAUCAUCCCUCCCCCGACCCCAGCUCACCUUCCAAAAGCACCUGGAAGUGCACAAACCUCAUGCAUCUCCUUCCCUGGGCACCAAUAAUGCUACUGGCAUUGCCUGCUUCUCUCCUGUGGCUGGAGACUUCACGCUGACUUUGUUUCCACCUUCGGAAUAUUCCCAGACUAAACUGGGCCUGACCCAGCAUACUCUGCCUUCUAGGAAGCGCCCAGCAAAGGGGAAAGUGGACAGGAAGAAGCACUUUCCCUUUAGUCACUCCACAAAGCAAUAGCUCCAUGAAAGGCCUGGACUUUGUUCCUCCUCCUCCAUCCCCUAGGGAGGAGGUAUCGCACUUUACCAAGCUGAUGCAUUCCUACAGAAGUGGGCCCAUGAUUCCUGCAAACCAACUAUCAUGAUGACUUCAUGGGAGGAAAGGUAACACAUGUCCAUUAAGGGCCCCAGAUUUAUACAAUUCAGAAUGCAGCAAACUUUUCAGGAAGCCACAUAAAUAAAAACUGAUCAGCUUGCUUAUUCACAUGGGGAAGUUAAGAAAAAACCCAUGUAAUCUUGACACUGCUAUUUCUAUAGCAUUCUCAGUUCAAAAAAGGGAUCCCCUACAAAGGCUACCUUUAUGAAGCAGAGACUUCCUUCAUAGUGAAAGCAUUAGAGUAGGAGUCAGGGAAGCAAGAUUUUCUUAAUGGCUUUGUACUUUGCCUCAGUUUCCUUAUCUAUAAAAUGAGUUCUUUGAAAUGGUUUCUAAGGGUCCUAAAUCUGGCAUUCUAAGAUUCUUUUUCCAUCAUCCUACUGGGUGGUGGUGGUGUGAUUCUCGAUUUUGUAAGGUGUCAGUCAUCCAGAUGGGUUUGAGGAAUGUGUCCUUUGAUGGUUUUCCUGGGCCCUUUUAAUCGUGAGGUUGAGCUCAGAGACACUCCAUUGGCUUCACUUUUCCAGUCUGUAACAUGGUUAGAUUUUUGGCACCAAUGCCAUACAGUAUCUCCUGCUUGCACUUUCCAUAACACCAGUUGGUGUGUGUCCUGUUUCUAUGCUUCUUGAGUCAUCUUUUCUGGCAGUCCUGGAGGCUUGGGGAACACCUACUGUCCUUUCAGGGACAGGAAUGUUUUGCUCCUGUUUCCAUUUUCUGGAGUUUUGCCAAUCUAUCAUGAGGCUUGCCUGUACUUCACAUUGCUGCCUCAGAUGUUCAACUUCAGAUGCAAUUUUCAAAACCUCUUCCUACUGACUUCUCCUGGGUCACCAGCCAGAAACUAGCUUUCUCAAGGCUGCAACCUCACUUAUAGCCUCCCUACCAUCUUCACUGGUUGGCAACCCUGACAGUCCAAAGGAAACUGACUUCCAUUGGUCGUCAACUAAGAGUAUAGGAAGGUCUGGCUCUUCUCUGCUGGUGGAAACACGAGUGCCAAGCCAUACCUUCCAAGUUCUCGCUGAUAAUUCUCAUCUUGGGCACUGGAGCCCUGGAUUCUGGUGCUGUAGCUCUUGGUGCCAAAGUCUGGAUCUUUUCACAUUUCAGCAACAUCAACAUCUGCCGCUACCCAAAAUGCUGUGUGGAAGAGGGACAGCUCUGAUACUCUCUCUGGGGCGGCUAUCUUAAAAUCUGAGUGCAAUAAGGUUUGGUUGUACCAGUUAUUUCAGGAUAUUUUGUUUCAUCUGCACAUUUUCUAGAACUGCUGAAAAAAUAGAUUUUAAAGAAAUGUCCUCAGCAUUAUAGAAAAUACCAUUUGUAAUAGCCUGGGAAGGCUGUAUAGGCUCAGUUAUCUUGGGCUUCAAACGGCUGGCAGGGCUGGCUCUCAGAUCCCAAAGUUGGAAGACACAUUUUUGAAAAGCAACCUAAGUGAGACCAUCUGGAUCCAGGCCUCACCAUCAGGGGUUCUGGGAGAAACAUCCAAAUAAAAGGGAGACCUGGUAGUUGAAUAGUUCUCUAAUCAAGCCAAAUAUUCCCCGUCCCAGCCAAUAAACCCACUUUACAACAGGCCUUUUCUGCAGCUUAGCUCGAACUUUCCAUUUUCUUGGCAGGUAUGUGGUUGUGGGAGGGUCCUAGUGAGGCGGGGAACCUGGCUCUCCAGAGCUGCUUUGCUGGAGGAAGUAGAGCUGGCCAAAAGCCAGGAGCUGGUCUCUUCUACCUGCUCUCACCUGUCUCUUGCCGUUCUGGUAUUAAAAACAACUGGAGAAAGCUGCAGGGAUAUGAGCAAAAAGCAGUGGCUGUUUCUGCUUUUGAGUGGCAAUGAAGCAGUUAUAAUGUGGGUUACAGGGAUUUGCAGUGGGGCCAAGGAUUCCAACCUUCUCCACAGGCAAGCUUGCACAUAAAUCAUCCCUCUCUCCUGGGGUGUGAAGGGGUCUAUAUUGAUCUUGGACUUGUCAUCCUGGAGCAGUUUUAGUUCAUUAUAUUUAGUGGGUUAGUGCCAAGUGCUACCACUUUCCAAUAAGGGAACAGGGACCCAGCCUCUGGUCUGGCCCCUAACUGCCUUUGUGGGCGUGGUGUUGUUUUGGUUUUGGUUGAAGACUGCUUCGGAAGAGCUGCUGUUAGGGAUUAUCUUUUGAAUACCCUGCGUGGGGAACAGGGUUCUCAAAGCCUCAUAACCAAGAUCAUAGGAAAGGGGCCCUAUUUUCCUGCUGCUUCACAGCUCAGAACAAUGUACUGAAUGGAAUGUAUUUUUAAGAGAAUAAAGUCUAUUUUUUGUAUUUUAAAGGUUGGGAGGGCUAGGGAAGUAGCCCGCAAAAACUAUUACAUUAUCUGUUGGUCCACACUUACUUGCUCAGGCAGGUGCUCAGGCCUCCCCGCCUGGCCCUUGGAGUCUGGGUGCAGCAGCUUCUACAUUCCUGCUCCGAGCAUGGGACCAAGGAGGCCGGAACCCUGCCACUGGAAACCAGGGCAAAGCCGUGAGCAGUGACUCAGGGCUCCUUGGGUGCAUGUGUCUAGUUGAAGCUGCCUGUCUGCAUGUAUCCUCUGGCUCUCAUGCUGUCUGUCGGCUCUGCAGCACAAUAUGUAACCAAUAAAGCUCCCUAGUUUCCA